AUGGCCAGGAGGAAGGUGGCUAUCUGCAGCUGGCUGGGCUUCGUGGCACUCCUGGCGAUCUUCCUGCUGGGGAUCUUGGUGGGUGAGUCGAGUGAGGAUCCUGGCUUGUGGGCUCCGGGAAAGGGGGCAGCCCCCUACUUGGAACAGGGCGCGCGAGGUGGGGUGGGCGAGGCGGAAAUCAGAGCUGGGCUUCGCGCGCGUCAAAGCAGCCAGACGGGCUUCCCUGAGCGCACGGAUAAGGGAGGUCUUCGGGGGAAGAGCUACGGCUCAGUGGUUAGAGCAAGAAGGUCGCGGGUUCGAUCCCCGGCAUCUCCAGGGAGGGUCGGGAGAGAAACCUGUCUGAAAUCCUGCAUUUGCUGCUGCCAGUCCUGAGCUGGGCGCAGCGCACAGUGAGAGGAGAGGUGGCGGUGGGGUGGUCAGGUAGCAACAGAAGAGGGAAAUCUCUGCUGUCUGACACUUCGGCGGGUGUGGGACAAAUAGUUCCGACCUAGUUAAAGGCAGCUUCCUGUGCACCCACGCUGCAUGGGACAAGCGCUUUGCACAUGCUCCGAGGCGCUCUUGUUGCUCCUGCUUUGCGCAUGCUCCAAGGUUGAGCGCAGGCAUUCCAAACGUACUCUGCCGUUCGCUGGAAGUCCCAGCGAACCCCAAUAACUUUUUGUAUUCCGUUUCUGAUAAACCUUGUCACAGGCCCCUUUGGAUUCGGAACCUCUCCCCACCAAGGCACAAGGUUUUUGGCAAACCUGCUGUUAUUGAGGAAGCCCAUCCCUUAAAUCUUCCAUGCCCAUGGUGAUGCUUGGAGAAUCAGAUGCCCUUUAUUCUUCCAAAGCGGCACAACCAAUUACAAAGGAAGGACAUCCAUUUUAUCAUCUAGUACCUAGAUAAUAACAGAGUAAUCAAUGUGUUUCUGGCACCACGUUCUCAAAUUUCCCAUUUCUAACGUAUUUAUAGGGCGUAAGAAAGCAAGCCUCAUGUAAAGCCUCGUGGCUUAAAAAAAAAAUUGUUGACAGGUGACGAGUGUGACCUGCAACAGAGUGUUGCAGCGCAUCUGCCCUCUGAAGAGGAGUGCUCCUGUUGAGAGCAGCCAUUCAUUCCAAACAGGUUAUUCCAGUCUCCCAAAUCCUGGUUUUCUGUUUGUUUGUUUUCCAACUGAUAGUCAAUAGUCUGUGGAUAUUGAGCAUGCAGAGUAGUCUCCUCUUUUGUGUGUGACCCUUGAGGUUUUGUACUUCCGCAAGCUUCAGGAGAUGCCUUGAAUAUGCUGGAUAACUCUGUUUUGGCUCCAGUCCUGUCAGCACCUGAGUUCACUGUUAGAAGGACUAAUGAGAAAGACCUGAGACCUUGGGGAACUGCUACCAGCCAGAGCAGACAAUAUUGGCCUAGAUGAAUUGGCCAGAAUGAUAAGCCGGGCUCCCUGUGUUCUGUAGCAGUGAGACUGUUUCGGCUCAAUGCAUCUUUAUGCUUUUUUUUGACGGUCCUCUUUAUGGGGGAGGAUAGAGGUGAAGCUUUGAAACAGCCCAACUCUUAAGACAGGCAGGCCUUUUGCUGAGACUGAACACUUACAUAACCCUUCCCAGUAAAGGAAGCAAGUCUGUCAAGGCAAGAUUGUUGCAAUUGUUGUUUUUUCCCCUUCCGUCGGCUCACAAAUACACAAAAGGAGUAAUUUGGAAAGCUCUGUGUUAUGUUUGAUAAGCUGACAGUGGGGGCUUUUAUUUCUUUAGCAAAGAAAUAAAAGCUGGUUCCUCACCCCCCAAUCCACCCCAUCACCCAAAACUUCUGUUUUUGCUGUAAGCUGCUGAGGGUUUUUCUAAAGGAGGCAGACAUCUGUAGCUUUCUAGCAGUGGUGCUCUCUGAACUGGACUUUGUGGCAGAUGCCCCAGGCUCCACUCAGCAGAAGGAGCAGCCCCAGCAUUGGCUUAUCACAUUUUGAAACCAGUGAAGCAAUGUGCAAGUAAUGUAUGGGGUGUUAGUGGAGGCGUCGUAUUUCUGGUGGGGACACAUCAUGCUCCUUCUGUGGUAGUUUGUCUACCUUUGGGUCCCAACCUGCAUUCAGCUCUCACCUGUGGUGACAGUACAGUGGUACCUCGGGUUAAGAACUUAAUUCAUUCCGGAGGUCCGUUCUUAACCUGAAACUGUUCUUAACCUGAAUUACCACUUUAGCUAAUGGGGCCUCCCGCUACUGCUGCGCCACCGGAGCACGAUUUCUGUUCUCAUCCUGAAGCAAAGUUCUUAACCCAAGGUACUAUUUCUGGGUUAGCGGAGUCUGUAACCUGAAGCGUCUGUAACCCCAGGUACCACUGUAGUCACAACCUGGGGAACAGCUUCCCCUGGCCAGCUAAACCAGGUAAUGGUAGCUGGUGGGUUUCAAACUAGCCUACUGCACAGUGGUAAAAUGUGCAUUCAUUGCCCCACCAAUAAUAAUAAUAAUAAUAAUAAUAAUUAAUAACAACUUAUUACUUAUUCCCCAACCAUUCUGGGCAGCUUCCAACAGGAUAUUAAAAACACAAUAAAACAUCAAACACGAAAAACUUCCCUAAACUGGGCUGCCUUCAGAUGCUUUUUAAAAGUCAGGUACAGUAGUUGUUUAUUUCCUUGACAUCUGAUGGGAGGAUGUUCCACAAGGUGGGCACCACUACCAAGAAGGCCCUCUGCCUGGUUCCCUGUAACCUCACUUCUUGCAGGGAGGGAACUGCCAGGAGGCCCUUGGAGCUGGACCUCAGUGAACUAUGGGGGUGGAGACGCUCCUUCAGGUAUUCUGGACCGAGGCUGUUUAGGGCUUUAAAGGUCAACACUGCUUUGAAUUGUGCUUGGAAAUGUACUGGGAGCCAAUGUAGGUCUUUCAGGACUGGUGUUAUAUGGUCUCGGCAGCCACUCCCAGUCACUGGCUCUGCCCACCCCAGCAUGUGGCCCCCAGAAAGUUGCGCCAAAGAGAAUGUGGCCCUCAGACUGAAAAAUAUUUCCCACCCCUCACUCUAGAGUGGAUUCAUUUUCCUCCUGCAGCUCCUCUUGCUGACAACUCUCCUUUGCGAUCCCUGAGCGAGGGAAGGCAUCUGAGCAAGGCCACCGAACCAGCCGAAGCUCUGCUCAUCUCUUUAUUAGGCAGCCCAAGGGAGCAGUGACUCAGAUAGCUCUUGCUCAGCUCAAGGGCUUUCUAAUUUUAUUUUUAAUAAACAGAACGAAACAGAAAUGUGGGCUGCUUACCGGUUUAGCUCCAAACUUGCCUGAAUAUAUAUACAAGAUUCUUUCCUGCGUCUUGGCAGCUUGUUUCGUUUAGCCUGGUGUUGCCAACUUUUGAAGUGGCUCCUAUAGCUGUCCGUUUGCUUGCUAGAGUACAUGGGGAGGAGUUAACCCUUCCAUCCCCAGCUGCGAGCCUUCCCCAAAGAUGUCCCAUAUAGCCGCUGGACUGAAUACAAUCUUCCAUUGGCUCUAAUCGGAGGCCAAUUCCAAGCCUAACUGCCGCACCAGGGAAAUCGUAGAAUUGGAGAGUUUGAAAAGAACCCAAGGGCCAUCUAGCCCAACAUCCUGCGGUGCAGGAAUCGCAACACAUGGUUCCCCAUCCAGUUUGAAACCAUCCCGGACCCUGCUUAGCUUUGCAAACGUGCUAGCAGAUUUUCUGCUGCGCCACUCCUCACAGGGUUGUUGUGAGGAUGAAAUUGAGAGGAGGGUGGGGGGAGAUCCAUGUUGGCCACCUUGAGCUCCUUUGAGAAAACACAGGGUGAUUUAUAAUGGAAGCUGUAUACUUCAUUAUGAAUCACCCUGUAAUAAGGCCUAAAUAUAUCUACGCAGUAUAUACCGUACCUGAGGUGUGAGGACACAUGGGGGGCAGGGAGAGAGGGAGGCUAGUCUAACCAUUACAUUACACUGCCUUGCAUGACCUUGGGCCGGUACGGUGGUACCUCUGGUUGCGAAUGGGAUCCAUUCCGGAGGCCCGUUCACAACAUGAAAAGAAUGCAACCCACAGUGGCGCAUCUGCGCACGUGCAGGUUGUGAUUCGCCGCUUCUGCGCAUGCGCUUGACGUCAUUUUGCGCUUCUGCGCAUGCAUGAGCGGUGAAACCCGGAAGUAACCCUUUCCGGUACUUCCGGGUUGCUGCGGGACAUAACCUGAAAGAAUGUAACAUGAAGAGGACGUAACAUGAGGUAUGACUGUAACUCCCUCUCAGCCUAGCCGACCUCAUGGGGUUGUUUUGUGGGUGAAAUCAAGGGGGGGGGACGACAUCUGGGUAAGCCCCCAUGAGCUCCUUGGAAAAAACAGAACACACACACAAAAAACUGGGGGAUGAGGACAGAAGGAGAGGGAGGAAGGGAGAGAGAGUGAGUGAGAGAGAGAGAGAGAGAGAGAGAGAGAGAGACUGCUCUAACCACUGUGCCCCACUCCCUUGCAUGACCUUGGGCCGGUCACUGUCUCUCCCUCUCUCUCUCAGCCUGAAGCCAGAAGAGGAGGCCACUGCGGUUACAUAUGGCCCAUGGAGCAAAGAUUCAUCACCCCUCCUUUAACAGAUGCAGAACUUGCCAAGGAUAGUGUUUUGUUCCAUAGUAUGAGAAGCCUACUGAUUUCUCUGGUCACAUCCACACGGCACAUUUGAAGCACACAUCUUCCCUGCAAAUAAUCCCAUCACACUGGAUGAUGGGCAAUUGAAAGGAACCUUGAUAGCUUGGCUGAUGCAAUCCCAUAAUAGUAGUGCUUGGAUGGACAAGGGGGACAGAACUGACGGUUGUCAUUGCGAUGGCAUUGCAGGAUGGUGUGUGAAAUCGUCGAACAAGCCAGCUGGCACGACACACGUCUUUCGAAAUGCAAGAAGGCAACUUUUUGCAGAACUGAAGGCGGAAAACAUUCGGGAAUUUCUGCGGUGAGUUCUGCUGCUUUCUUUGGUGACUAACUGUUUUAAAAGUUGUAAAAAUGCAGAGCAAGCUCCAGACGCUUCUCCCCAGAUGAUAUCAACAGACUGCCAGGUGAAAGGCAGUGGCAGCCAAAACAGGAUCAGGCCCCUGCUUCGGUCUGUUAUAGGAAAAAAUGGGGUUGGCAUAUGCAGCCCAACUCCCCAUCGAGGGACUCUGUGUCCUCUAAAUCCAUUAUGAGUCAGAGAAGAAUGGAUGGAGGCAAAAUCCAGUGAAAUCAAGGCAGAUAUUUAUUUCUCUGUUGCAACAGAGUUCCUUCCCCACCCCACCCCCAUUGCAAGGAGGUGAGGACCCAGAACAAAGGUGUGCAAGAACUUUUAAAGACUUUAGAAAUUGCACAGUCCCUUAGCCAAAAAACACCCAAAAAGCAUCACACGUAACAUCACAGAAAGAGGCAGUCUACAACAGAAAUUAGAGUGUGUGGCUGAGGGCCAUGUUUCCUUCUGGGCAGUCUUCCAAGUAUCCACAUGUCAGUGGUGGGUGGGGCCCCAAGCAGAAGUGGGUAGAGCAAUAAAUGUGAAUUUUACUUUUGUGCAGGAGGCUAGCUUCUGCACAUGCUCACACACCCUUCUCUAUGUGGUGGAACGCUCUGUCACAAGAGACUAGGGCCCUGCGGGACUUGACAUCUUUCCUCAGGGCCUGCAAGACAGAGCUGUUCCUCCUGGCCUUUGGUUUGGACUCGGUCUGACCCUUAUGUUUCCCUCCCCUCAUGGUCUUGAUUUAUCAGCUGCUUUAAAAUGAGGCUGCAUUUUAAAUUGCAUUUUAACCUGCAUUUUAAUUUGGUCCCCCCCCCCUUUUCCCCCUAUUAUGUUUUUACUGUGAUUUUAUUGGUGUUAGCCGCCCUGAGCCUGGCUCUGGCCGGGGAGGGCGGGGUAUAAAUAAAUUUAUGAUGAUGAUGAUGAUGAUGAUGAUGAUGAUAUUGCAUUCACAUGAGCAAAAGGUGCCAUCAAAGGUCAGGCAGAAAUGCUCCGGGUACAAGGCAGGGGGUGGGUGGGCAAGGGGGAUUUCCAAGGCUCAGAGAGAGAAGCUUGGAGGGCCACAUUUGACCCCCAGGCCUGAGGGUUCCCCCACCUCUGUCCUAGAGGGUGACAGCGGUGGUGCUUAGCAUUCUUUCCCCCUGCUCUUGCUGCUCAAACGUUGAACAUCUGGGGAGAGAUAAAGGAGGUACAGAUUGGAAACCUUCUCAGAUGCAGAGCAUCACAUGAAGAAAACUCAGCUGACUAACCAUCAGAGUUGCAGACGUUGAUUAAUCAUUGAACCACAAUGUCUGCCUUUGGAGAGGAGGCAGUCAUGUGCCUCCAUCCUAUCUAACCUGGUUUUCUUUUAUCCUUCACCACCCCCACACAUAUUCCGCAUACCCGACUGACCACAACCCUGGAAUUUCACAUAUAGACAUAGCACUCGUUUAAACUUUAACCCACUUGAGAAUCCACUCUUGGAAAAUACCCUGAAAAAGGAUGCAUUUCAGUUGGAAUUUUUCCAGUUUGCCACAUAUCUGCUCUGCUUAAGGCAGCAGUUAAUCAUUCUUGCCCCUUGCCAAAUGAUGACUACUUAAUUUGUUUGCUUUUGGACACGGCAGUACAGACUUGUGGCACUGUAAGCAUUAUCUUACUAUAUAUAAAGAAAAGUAAGGCUGUCGUCACGCUGCAGUUUUCAUGGCCAGAAGCAGGCGGCCCAGGCAAGCUGUAGAAUGAAGAAUCAUAGAGGGAGGAAGAUACUUCACAGAUGGUUUGGCUGGACUAGAUAGGCUUCUGGUCUGAUGCAGCAGGAUCUUAGGUUCAGAGUAGUACAAUAGUUCGCUAGAUGGACUGAUGAAUUUUCUUAAAUAGGGGGUCGGCAACUGCUUUCAGACCAAGGACUGUAUUACUGUCUGGGAAACCUUCUGAGGGGCAGAUACCCAGGGCAGAAAGGGUCAGAGGCAAACUGGGCAGAGCAAUGCAUGCAAAUAGUGCCUUUACACAGCAGGCUAGUCACGCUCAAACACCCCAUUCUAUCUUUCAUCCAGGAAAACAAGAAACAUCAUAGAAUUGUAGAGUUUGGAAGGGGCCAUUAGGGUCAUCUAGUCCAACCCCCUGCAAUGCAGGAAUCUUUUGCCCAGUGUGGGGCUUGAUCCCACAACCCUGAGAUCUAGAGUCUUGUACUCUACUGACUGAGCUAUCCCAGCAGAGUUCAGGCCAGAGCUCAGCCAGGCAAAUAAACCCAAGGCCCAAAGUAAGGACCAGUGAAAGCAGUGGCCCCUGAGAAGAGUUUUGAGGGCCACAUUCAGAGGGCCACAUUCAAGCCCCUGGACCAGUCCCUCCCCAGCUGUUGUUGGACCACAGUUCCCAUCAUCCCUAGCUAGCAGGACCAGUGGUCAGGAAUGAUGGGAGUUGUAGUCUCACAAGAGCUGGGGAGAAUAAAACUGCCCUGGACUGUCUUAAACCCCCACACCCAUUUUUUAACACAAAGAUGCAUCCUUUGUGGGAGGGGCAGAGAUGAUAUGGAAUAGAAUUAUUUGGGAAUCACCUACCUUGGCUAUUCUAAACCAUUUUGGAAAAGGUUUGCCUGCUUUGCCCUUUGGGGAACAGGAGAUCCCAGCGCUUAUCCUCUCUCUUUUUUAAAAAAACCAACCUCUGUGGUUCAUUUCAGCUCUUUCACGAAGCUCCCUCAUGUGGCAGGAACAGAACAAAAUCUUCACCUGGCAAGACGAAUACAAGCCCAGUGGAAGGAAUUUGGCUUGGAUACAGCCGAGCUGGUUCAUUACGAUGUCCUACUUUCCUACCCAAAUCAAAGCACCCCCAACUAUGUUGCCAUUACCGAUGAUCAUGGAAACGAGGUAAAGAGGGCAGAAUGUUCCCUCUGCUGCAUGCGAGCUGAAAGAAAAGAAAGAAUCACAUUCAGGAGGGCUAAACUGUGUCAGAUCUCGGAAUCAAAUUUGAAAGCGGGUGGCUUUUGUAUUCCAGGCGCUGCCAAUCUUUCUUGGGGGGAGGGGUUUCCACGGGGACAUUUGGAUUUUUGAGAGGGUGCCAAGAGUACUGCCUCUUCAGGUUGCUUCUCUCCCCUGCCCUGGAAGACACACAGAAAGAGAGGAACCACACACAUGUGUGUGCAAACACAGAGAGUGUCUUUACUGGGUAAAAAAUGGAUCCGGUAGAAUGAAGAAGGAUUCGCAUUAGUUUGCAUGAUUUCAUAUGAUAUCCUCUCCAAAAAAACAAACAAACACCCCACUAUCAAAUCAAACCUUUGUAGGGCACUGCAAAGUAAGAAGAGCAGUGCAGGGUCAGGCCCAAGGUCCAUCUUGUCCAGCACUCUGUUCUCACAGUGGCCAGUCUUAUGGGAAGUCCAUAAACAGAACCUGUGAAAAAUCACAGAUCUAGUGUGUUUGCCAGAGCCAGAAAAACAUUGGAAUGCUUCUGCAAGGUCAAGGCACAACACUGGAACCAGUGCUGUGAAGAACUGGACCAGUGUAAAAGUUAGUGUCAGACUAGGACCCGGGAGACCCGGGAUCAAGUCCCCGUUUAGUCAGGGAGCUCCCUGAGUGACCUUAGGUCCGGCCCAGCCUCUUACUAUAACCUACCCCAAUAAUAAUAAUAAUAAUAAUAAUAAUAAUAAUAAUAAUUUAUUAUUUAUACCCCGCCCAUCUGGCUGGGCUUCCCCAGCCACUCUGGGUGGCUUCCAACAAAAUAUUAAAAUACAUUAAUGCAUCAAACAUUAAAAGCUUCCCUAAACAGGGCUGCCUUCAGAUAUCUUCUAAAAGUCAGGUAGUUGUUUUUCCUCUUUGACAUCUGGUGGGAGGGUGUUCCACAGGGUGGGUGCCACUACCAAGAAGGCCCUCUGCCUGGUUCCCUGUAACUUGGCUUCUCGCAGUGAGGGAACCGCCAGAAGGCCUUCGGUGCUGGACCUCAGCAUCCAGGCAGAACGAUGGGGAUGGAGACGCUCCUUCAGAUAUACUGGACCGGGGCCAUUUAUACUACCUCAGAGGGUUGUUGGGUGGAUUCAAUGAGGAGAGGGAGAACCAUACCCACCACCUUGAACUAGCGAGUGAAAAAGGCGGUGUAUAAACCAACAAACUUUCCUUCCCUCUCCUCUCCCUGAACAGAUUUUUUUUGGGGGGGGGGUAACAGGAAAGGGAAGGGAAAUUCUGUUGGACAGCCAAAAUUCCCUGCAUUAGUGGAAGCAUAUUGUUGGAUGUUGCCUAAUAACCGAAGGCACACGUCAUCAAGUCUUCAAUAUUUUUUUAAACAGUGUGACCAACAAAUUAUGCCACACAUCAUGGGCCAAAAUGUUUGGUGACCCCUGUUUUAGCUGCUCAGGUACCGACCUGAGCCCCGAGAAGAACACAGAGUUAGGAGAGGAGUUGGGAAAAUCAGUACUCUCCCAAUUCCCUCCUUUAAUUCUGUGUGUUUUUCAAGAGGGGUAGCCAUGCUCACCACCUCGUCCUGAAGGGGCAAUGAGCAAGGUUGUUGAAGGACUUGGAGAGUUUGUGGACACCAGCGAGGUCCUCAAACCAUGGGCACCUAGCUGGUAGCCCAGCUCUUUCCAGAAACAACAACAACAAUAGCAGCUAUUUGGUAUUCAAAAUAUCAAAUUCCAAUUCUUAAUGAGUACAAACUUUUUCUGAAUGUAUGUGACAUCCUACUCCAGCUCUCUAAUAGUGUCUCUUCUUCCGAACAGAUUUUCAACACGUCACUCUUUGAGCUUCCUCCUCCAGGAUAUGAAAACGUCUCAGAGGUGCUGCCACCAUAUAACGCUUUCUCGGCGCAAGGCAUACCAACGGUAAGGAGUGGGAAAACACAAAUCCAGCCCUCGGAAGUCAGUGUGGGAAGGAGAGUGAAAAGUUCGCAAGCUAGGCAAGAAGACAAUAAUGGUAUUGAUAUUGAGUAUCUCCACAUUGUGCCUCUGAGCAUGGGCGAAGUGUAAAGGGAGGGUUUGGGGUUGGCGAGCGAUAUAAGCAGGCACGCCAAGCCCUAGUAAGUCAAUAGAGUUCUUUGGACUACAAAACCUCAGGGGCCCUCACCAAUGAUGGUACUUUUCUUACCUCAGUCCUGCAGAUCAUAAACCACAAGUUUCAUAAACAUUUAGUCUUGGUGCCUGGGUCUGGACACUCUUAUUAUGGGGUGCAGAGCUGACAAGAGAGUGAGUUAGGGUAUUGUUGCCCCUUGCACAUCUCUCUACAUCUCCCAUACGUCUUCCUGACAUGUGUGGACUUACAGUCUUUCCAGCUUGCGCAUCACUGGUUUUAGAGUCAAUGAGCACCCCAAAUGUGCUGUUCUUCUAUCUUCUUUCUCCUUUCCUCCAUAUCGACAGGACCUUGAAAAUAACACUUAUCUCAGCCUCCUUGCUUCAGCUUCCUAAAACAAACCCAUCCAGGCAUUCUGUGACUUCAUUGUGAUAAGGUUCAAAUUGCUACAGCUAAUAGUGUGGCAGAAAGCAGGUGUUAACUUCAACUGUAACCUAACUUCAAGGUUUUAAGGGUUUAACUGCAGGCUGCAAUUUGAUUUAUUUAUUUUUGUAGGGUAAUUUUUUCUUAAAAGAUUUCUGUUACAUAUAUUCACCAUUUAUACAAUAGCCAAUAAAACAAAACAUCAAUCAGUUACGUAUUGUUUGUGGAACGAAAGCAACAGCAGUAAAUACCAAACUUAUUCGCUGAUAUGAUUUCCAUUCUGGACAUGAGACGAACAAAUGAAAGACAGUAGUUUCUGCUUCUAUUUUUCCUGGGAUAUCCCAAAAUCUCUAGCCAGUACCCUGUUAGCAACAUUGGUAUCUCUUCCUCUAUAACAGGGGUCAGCAAGCUUUUUCAGCAGGGGGCCAGUCCACUGUCCCUCAGGCCUUGCGGGGGGCCAGACUAUAUGUUUUUCGGGGGGGGGGAUGAACAAAUUCCUAUGCCCCACAAAUAACCCAGAGAUGCAUUUUAAAUAAAAGCACACGUUCUACUCAUAUGAAAACACGCUGAUUCCCGGACCAUCCGCAGCCAGAUUUAGAAGGCGAUUGGGCCAAAUCCGCCCCCCGGGCCUUAGUUUGCCUACCCAUGCUCUAUAAUAUUGAACUCAAGUAGUCAGUAUCCACAGCUGUGGAGUCAAAAUUGAGAAACAAGAGGGAGAUAUCAAUAUGUUCAAACUUACUGUGGAAGAAGGAACCCCUCCCCCCACCAAAGCAGGCAAAAAAACCAUUGUUUCUUGAGUUUCAAAUGGUAAAGAAAAAAGGAAAAUUGGUUGUGGGACACAACGGAGUGUCCUGGAAGAAGGCAUUGCUGGAAUCCUGAACAAGGAAUAUUGUACCAGGAGCUAAGAGCACAAUACAAUAUUUUGUAGCGGGUCUUACUUAUUCAUUUUCUGGCCCAUCCCCAAGGGCAGCCCCCUAUAUAAUGUAUCACAGUAGUCUAGAUGUGAGUUGACCAUUGCAAGGCUCCCCAAGUUCAUGCGUUUUGAUAUAGGUGUUUUAAAGUGUACCACAAGUACAGUGGUACCUCGGGUUACAUAUGCUUCAGGUUACAUACGCUUCAGGUUACAGACUCCGCUAACCCAGAAAUAGUACCUCGGGUUAAGAACUUUGCUUCAGAAUAAGAACAGAAAUCGUGCUCCGGCGGCGUGGCAGCAGCAGGAGGCCCCAUUAGCUAAAAUGGUGCUUCAGGUUAAGAACAAUUUCAGGUUAAGAACGGACCUCCAGAACGAAUUAAGUACUUAACCCGAGGUACCACUGUACAGUGGAACCUCGGUUUUCAAACGUAAUCCAUUCCAGAAGACCGUUUGACUUUCGAAACGUUCAAAAACUGAGGCACAAAGGGCUGAGAAAAUUGAAAAACAUGCAGCGGGAGCCAUUCGACUUCUGAGGCACGUUCAAAAACGGAAGCAUUUCCUUCCGGGUUUUGGGCGUUCGGGUUCCGAAACGUUUGUCAACAGAGACGUUCAAGAACCGAUGUUCCACUGUAUAAGAGAUUCCCAAUGUAACCAUGGACAGUGACAUCAAAUGUAAUAUUUUCCCCCCCACCCCACAAAAAGGCAGAUCUGGUGUAUGUGAAUUACGGCCGCACCGAAGACUUUUUCAAACUAGAGCGUGAGAUGGGAAUCAACUGUACAGGAAAGAUUGUCAUUGCCCGAUAUGGGAAAAUAUUCCGAGGAAACAAAGUAAGUUGAUGAUAUCUCUGCUGCUGCUGCUGCAUUCUCUUUCCUUCUUGCCCCCAUUCCCUUCCCUAAUAAUAAAUCUUUUCAGAGGCUGCUUUUCAGGUUUCUGUGUAGAAAUACAUCAGGUGGGAAUGAGGGAGCAAACUCCCCAGGUGAGGGGGGGGUAGGGUGGAUCAUACCACUUCAGUUUGCAGGUAGAGAUCCCAUUUUUUAGUUCUGCCUGCUAUAAAAGCACCUCCCCACAAGUAGAAACCUGCAUAGCAUAAAGCAAAUUAUGCCAGAAGCAAUAUUCCUAAUAUUACUGCGGUUUGUUUUUACCUGAAAAGCUUUGUUUCAUUGCUAAUGCCAGGGAGUGUUUGAAUAUGUUAUGUUCCCCUAUAGUCUGCAGUGGUGUGUUCCAUUUCAUCAUAUAGUUGUAUGACAGACUCUCCCAUUAAAGGUGGCAGAUGGGUAGCCAGUGUUCUGGGUGUUUAAAAGAGUCAACUCUCCCUCUUAGCUGUAAUGGAGAUGUCUGUUUUAACUGUUUGUUGUAAGGUUCCUUUCUUAAAGAGCAGCCGGGUAUUUUGUUCAUGUGAAGAAUGCCUUGUGUCCACUUAUAUCCCACCCAGAGGGCAUAGCUGUCAACUUUUUCCUUUUCUUGUGAGGAAUCCUAUUCGGAAUAAGGGAAUUUCACUUAAAAAAAGGGAAAAGUUGACAGCUGUGCCAGAGGGUAACAUUAAAGAGGAGGCACUUCUGAAACAAAACUAUAUAUUUUUAAUUUAUUUACACUCAAUGAGGGUUAUGGUUUAUUCAUGUGAGGCGCAAUCCUUAGCUUCAGGCAAAUGCUCUUUACAGAGAACUUCGAAAGCUUAUUCAGCUUAUUUAAACAUAGGGUGGAUCUGCACACAGGGGAAAAACUGUUAUAAAUAAGUCAGAAAUUAAAUUGUUAUAACAAAAGGAAAAACGUUAUGGAAAUUGCUUAAUUUUUUAUUAUUUUUUAGCUCACUGGUGCCAUCUGGUGUUGCAUGUUUAUAACGCAUCCCAAACGUUGUUUCUCAGCUAAUGUAGCUGAGUCCCUAGUCUCAGGAUAGACUCUUUCCACCUAUUAAUAUUACCACACCAGGAACACUCUCACUGUCCCUUCUAGGAAUUUGACUUGGAAUGAAACUGAGUUGUGCUGCCUAGCUAACCCCAGAUCCCUAUCCGGGCAGAUCCUUCUGUUCCCCAGAGGCGAGGGGGUGUCAGGGGAGACAAAAACUUGGCCCCCACUGGAGAGGAGCCACGGGAUGCAGCCAGAGGGGCUCCCCCAAUUUCAGCAGGGUGGGCAGCUCUUCUCUGCCUCCUCCUCCUCCCUGCUGCUCCAACGCCACCUCAGAGUAGACCACUUUGAACUUCUCCUCCUGCAGGUCCCACUGCAGCAGGAGGCACAAAUUUUGUCCUUGCUCCAGGCACCAUAUUACCAAAGUCCACCUCGAUAGUAGCUGGGGGUUCAAGCACAUCUAAAAUGGCCACAGGUUCUCCAGUCACAUAAUAAUAAUAAUUUUAAUAAUAAUAAUAAUAAUAAUAAUAAUAAUAAUAAUAAUAAUAAUUUUUAUUUAUAACCUGCCCUCCCCAGCCAAGACCUGGCUCAGGGAAGCCAACACCAGGUAUAAAACAAUUGAUAAAAUACAACUUAAAAACAAGAUUAAAAUACAACAUUAAAAUGCAGCCUCAUUUCAGUAAAGGUAAAGGGACCCCUGACCAUUAGGUCCAGUCGUGGCCGACUCUGGGGUUGCGGUGCUCAUCUCACUUUACUGGCCGAGGGAGCCGGCGUACAGCUUCCGGGUCAUGUGGCCAGCAUGACUAAGCUGCUUCUGGCAAACCAGAGCAGCGCACAAAACCGCCGGAGCGGUACCUAUUUAUCUACUUGCACUUUGGCGUGCUUUUGAACUGCUAGGUUGGCAGGAGUAGGGACCAAGCAAUGGGAGCUCACCCCGUCAUGGGGAUUCGAACCGCCGACCUUCUGAUCGGCAAGUCCUAGGCUCUGUGGUUUAACCCACAGCGCCACCCGCGCAGAAACUCAAAUCAAAAACUUUUGGGGGGUGAAAACGUCAAAUCUUCACCAAGGCCAACUAUCCAGACUGGUCUUACGUGGGCCAGAAAAAAAGCCAAGGAAGUCCCCAAAUAGGAGUUCCAUCACAGAAGGAGAAAGGAAAAAGGAUAGAGGGGAAGGGGAUCAAGUUGAUUCCAAGCCAAAGGCCAGCCUUAAUCCAGUGGCAACAAGACAAGGAACAAAUGCCACUGAUUUCUUGGGCUAUGGUGACGCACCUUUUGAAAACCACUUCUUAAUGUUUGGCUGCUCUGUAGGUUAAAAAUGCCAUGUUAGCUGGAGCUAAAGGGAUUAUCCUUUACUCAGACUCUGCGGAUUACUGUGCCCCUGGAAUCGAGCCCUAUCCACAUGGGUGGAAUCUCCCUGGAGGAGGAGUGCAGCGCGGGAAUGUCUUAAACCUCAACGGUGCAGGAGAUCCCCUUACCCCGGGGUAUCCAGCCAAAGGUUAGUGAUGUACCCAGCACAGUCUUACACUUGGGAAGUAAGUUUAACUAUUUGCUUCACGGGGUGAGUUUCAAGGUUUCCUGCCUGUUCAGGAUUCACCCAGAUUUGCUUGCACAAAGCUUAAAGGUAAAGGUAAAGGGACCCCUAAAGGGUUGCGGCGCUCAUCUCGCUUUAUUGGCCAAGGGAGCUGGUGUACAGCUUCCGGGUCAUGUGGCCAGCAUGACUAAGCCGCUUCUGGCAAACCAGAGCAGCGCACGGAAACGCCGUUGUCCUUCCCGCCGGAGCGGUACCUAUUUAUCUACUUGCACUUUGACAUGCUUUCGAACUGCUAGGUGGGCAGGAGCAGGGACCGAGCAAUGGGAGCUCACCCCGUCGCGGAGAUUCGAACUGCCAACCUUCUGAUCAGCAAGUCCUAGGCUCUGUGGUUUUACCCACAGCGCCACCUGCAUCCCUUGCACAAAGCUUACACAGUGGUUAUCUCGAAACUCUUCUUGGUUCCUCAGAAUAUACCUUCAGAUACGGAGUUGACGAUGGAGUAGGGAUUCCCAGAAUCCCAGUUCAUCCCAUUGGCUACCACGAUGCUGAAAUUUUAUUACGGUAUGUAGAUUUCAGUCAUCUUUGGUGUUUGCAGAAAGCAGGGUGAGCUCAUACAGUUAUUCUAGCAAUAUUAAAAUAUCGUUGUUUUACCCCCCCCCCCCCCGUUUUUAUUGAUAUGAAAAAAGAACUGGCAUGACACCGUAUUUAUCUUGAAAAUAUGAGCUUGGCUCCUAAUCUCACACUGCUUAAACUAAGAUUUAGGCUCAAAUCUCCAUUUAGCCAUGAAGGUCACUGGAUGGGUCAGCCUAGUUUAUUUUUAGCCUAACUAAAUUUCAACGUAUCUGUGAGGACAACAUUGUGAGGUGGGCAUGCUUUAUAUGCUCUCCUGAGCUCCUUGGAGGAAGGAUUGGAUUGAAAACAUUAUAAGUAAAGAAAAUAAGUUAAACUGGAUGUUUCCUCUGAAAGGGACAGUGAAACAGAAUCAUUUUGACAUAGUAGGACCGCUACCUGCAAUACAGCAAUUCACAAGGGGCAGCUGCAUGCAUAUCCAGAAGCCCUGACCCUAAAACAGAAAGCAUAUCACCUAUUAAUCUGAUGACAAGCCCUAAAGCCACUAAAUGUUGGGGCCCCUUCAUACUUGCCAUUUGGGAAUCACUGUGUUAAGGAGAUGAUGGCUGCUAAUUCAACAACCUUGCCAAGAUCUGUCUGUCUGCUUUCGCUCCUGCAGGUCCAUGGGAGGUCCUCCACCUCCAGAUGAGAGUUGGAAGGGAAAUCUCAAUGUGUCCUAUAACAUUGGGCCCGGAUUUUCCGGCACCUCCUCCAGAAGGUCAGUUUGAACACUUCUACCAUCCAGCUGCCGUUCCAAACCCUAUGAAACAGCCUAUGAAAUAUGAGAGUUGCUGCCAUUUCCUGGAAGGUCUUCUGUGUCUUUCACGUAGCAUAUUGCCUACACAAAUGGCAUAUCCCAUUGGGACUGGCAAGGCAGAAGGUAUGGAGGCCAACAGUAGGUGGUGCCAAAGCCAAGGACGGGCAGAGCCAACUCAUUCUGUUUUUGUCCUUGUUCUCCCUGCAGAGUUCAACAAGGGGAAAACUUGAGAAAUAGAAGAACAUAGGAAGUGGACUUAUAUCAAGGCAAACCAUUGGGUCUCUCUAGCUUUGCUACUAAGCUAUGGCCCUUUCCCCCAAACAGGGCCAGCCCUAUCGUUAGGCAGAAGGACGUGACCAUCUCAGGUGGUGGAUGCUGGAGUGCUGGGAGUGGUGGUGAGGUGUUGUGGGACACAUGACCUGUUUUGCACCUCCCUCAGCUACCCUGCAAUGGAAGAUGCCGUUCUGUCACCAGUGUCAAUGUUUCUACUGCCAGUUGAGUCAACUUUGAGUGGUGGCGGCAGGUUCCAUGUUGCCUUUUGCCUCAGUCGGCAAAAUCUCUUGCGCUGACCCAGUUCAUGAAUUCACCCUUUGCUCCCAGAAAGAGGUUGCAUGAGCCAGAGCAGGAGUACCUGAAGGCUUGAUCCAGGGCAGCUUCUCGCAGUACCAAAGCCUUGUUUUCUUGUAUAGUCGUACCUUGGAAGCCGAACGCCUUGGCUCUUGAACAAUCGAAACCCAGAAGUGCUUGUUCUAGUUUCCGAAUGAUUUUUGGAAACCGAACGUCCGGCGUGGCUUCCGAUUGGCUGCAGGACGUUCCUGCAGCCAAUCGGAAGCCAAGCUUUGGUUUUUGAAUGGUUCCGGGAGUCGAACGGACUCCCAAAACGCAUCCUGUUUGAGAACCAAGGUAUGACUGUACAAUCAAGAGAUGAGCUUCGCUCUUUGGCACCAGGAGCAGACCCCCAAUGCUAAUUCAUCCCCUCACUGUUGAUCUGGCAAGUCUUAGUUUGGUUGACACUACUAUGCUCUCACAGAAUACUGUGUUUUUAUUUUACAGGAAAGUCAGAAUGCACGUUCACACAAUCAAUAAAAUCACGCGAAUAUACAACGUUAUUGGGACCAUCAAAGGAGCCAUGGAACCUGGUGAGCUGUUUCUGGCCUAACGGCUAUUGGUUUUAGAAUGUUCCUAGAGUGAAAGGAAAUUAAAAGAUGCCUGCUCCUUGGGAGAAAGGCGAGGGCAAACCUAAGACAGCAUCUUAAAAAGCAGAGACAUCACUUUGCCAACAAAGGUCCGUUAGAGUUAAAGCCAUGGUUUUCCCAGUAGUGAUGUAUAGAAGUGAGAGCUGGACCAUGAAGAAGGCUGAUUGCCAAAGAAUUGAUGCUUUUGAAUUCUGGUGCUGGAGGAGACUCUUGAGAGUCCCAUGGACUGCAAGAAGAUCAAACCUAUCCAUUCUGAAGGAAAUCAGCCCUGAGUGCUCACUGGAAGGACAGAUCGUGAAGCUGAGGCUCCAAUACUUUGGCCACCUCAUGAGAAGAGAAGACUCCCUGGAAAAGACCCUGAUGUUGGGAAAGAUUGAGGGCACAAGGAGAAGGGGACGACAGAGAACAGGAUGGUUGGACAGUGUUCUCGAAGCUACCAACAUGAGUUUGACCAAACUGCGGGAGGCAGUGGAAGACAGGAGUGCCUGGCGUGCUCUGGUCCAUGGGGUCACGAAGAGUCGGACACGACUAAACAACAACAACAACAGAGUCCACCCAGAGGCCCAUUUUGCCAUCUUGUCCCUCCUAGAGAGGGAGUUUUUUUUUUUACAUGGUAGCGCAAGCUCAGGCCCCAUAAAGCGAUUUGCAGAUACUGGGGUUCCUUCUGUCCUGCUGAUUUAUACAGCCCCUUGGAAACCCGGCUUGGAAGAGUUUGUUGGGAGAGAUGGUACAAGGGGCUGCUGUUAGAAAGGGGGGAGAUCAGUAAAUAAAUGCCGCUCCUUCUUGGACUGCAGCAGGAGCUUCUGUCAGACCCCAGCUCCUUCUGCUUUAUUCUGCUGAAUGGGGCUCUAGGAUUCUGCCCCCGAGCCUUACCCCUGCCAACGCCACUGUGGGGAGCUGCAAACACAGCUAGCAAAGCCAAUCCUUCAUAGAUCACUUCGGCUCAACCCUGGUUUUGAGCCUGUUAGUGCUCUGCAGUCAUUUCUUUUGCAGAAGCUUCAGAGGUAACCGGAAUUUGAGAAUCUGAAAGAGCACUUUUUGCAGCAUCGCUGAAUGGAAUGAAUUGGGUUUCCUCUUAUUCUUCCCCUGAAAAAUUCUAUUCUUCUCCCACCCCACUAGCCCCUUUGCGGGGGGAAAGUCUGAUCAGAUUAAGGAAAGAAAAAUCUGCCAAGUAUAUUUUGAGUUAGAUCCAGUUCUUUGUAACAUUUCUCUCUUAUAUUUUUGUUUUGUUUUUGCUCCCUCUCCCUAGAUAGGUAUGUAAUUUUGGGAGGCCACAGAGAUUCUUGGGUCUUUGGCGGCAUCGAUCCAACCACUGGGGCAGCCGUCCUUCAAGAGGUGGCUCGGAGUUUUGGCAAGUUGGUGAAGAAAGGUAAUGAACUGCGCAAAUAGAAAAUAAAACAUGAAGCAUGCUGCCCAGGCUAUCUGUUUCUAGACCCAAUUCAUCGUAAUAGUGAUUCACUUUACAGCUAUAUCCUGUUCUUAGAAAUAAGUCUUGGCAAGUCUAGCGCAACUUUCAUAAAGUUAAAUGGGUACAGGAUUGCAGACUUAUAUAAGCCUAAGGCAGCUUUUUAAAGUUGUUGGACUUUAGCUACCAUCAGUCCCUCCCAGAAUGGCCAGGGGACAUGAAUUAUGGGAGUUGUAGUCCAACAAUAAUUUGGUUGGUUAAUUUUGGUUGGUUUCUUUUUUUUUUUUUUAAAUUUUAUUAAGGAUUUUCUUGUUUUACAGAAGUGUAGUGCCUCGUAUUUUUUUUCCCCCAUGUAACAUUUUUACAAAUCCGUUUCAUUUGUUGAGGCAUUAGGGGGAGAAGAAAAAAAAGAAAAAAGAAAGGGGGGUGGAGAGAGGGAAGAUGGAUGGGGGUGGGGUCGGGUGGCGGUGUUUCUAUUAUGUUUAAUGUAUGUAGAGUUUGGUGUCAGCGUUGCUUGUGUUGUUCACUUGUGUUCCUUUGGUGGUGAGAGAGGUUGGGGUUGGAUUUUGGUUGGUUUCUAAGUUGUAGUCCAACAAUAAUUUCCAACAAUUUGGAAAAAGUGCAUUUCUGAGGUUUGAUGGCUCAUAAUACCAUUUUAUUUUGAUAGUAAUACCAUAAAAUUGCAUAUCAAUGGAAAGAUAAUUUAAUGAGGAAUGUAAUGCAACAAAUUUUGUUCAGUUAUCUGUAUUCUAUUAAAAGUUAUAGCCAAAUAACCAGAAAAAGGAAGCACAACUUGCUUAGGUUGAUAUGCAGUAAGUUUCCUUCAUUUGAAUGUAGCCAAUGAGCAAGAGUGUUUAGAGAGUCAGUCAGGUGUUAUGAGCCAUCAAACCUUGGAAAUACACUUUCCCCAAAAGAUUUCCAUAAUUUUGGCCACUAGUGUAUGGAGGUCACCAGGUUGGGGAAGCUGGUUUAGACCCUCAAGUCCAUUCUGAGCCCACAAAGUAUUUCUUCCUAAGCCCUAAGAUCUGGAGAUGAUUUGGGUCCCAACACUUAGGUUUCAUGUACACUUCCAUGGGGCAUGAGAAUUUCUUUGGUGGAACAGUUUCCCCAAAGAUGCUUAUUAGUCUUAUCAUCAUCAUCAUCAUCAUGUUUUAAAGGCAUUUCUAAAACCCGAUUCCGUUUUUGUAAUGGCAUUGCCUUUUCAAUUUUGAUUGCUCUUGUUGAUCAGAGUUGAAAUUUUAAAUGAUUUUUUUUUUUAAGAGGUUGUAAGGCUGCUUGGUCCUUUGCUUAAGGAAUAUAAUUGUUGGCGGAUGGAAUGAAAAGCAACGAAUAAAACAAAAUCCUGAUCCCAAACUAAGGCAAUCAGAAACAGAACCUUAUUUUAUAGAGGUUCCUGAAGCAUGGUUUUUAACUGCCCUGGGAGCUGUGUUUAAAAAGCAGGCAUGGGAAAAGUUUUGGUCCUCCAGGUGUUGCUAGACUACAACUUCUAUCCUCCCUGGCCAUUGGCCAUGCUAGCUGAGGCUGAUGGGAGUUGUAGUCCAAUCCAGCUGGAAACCCACAGAUUCCUCAGCCUUGUUAUAAGUUGAGCCACCCAGAGAGAUGAUUACCUUUUCAAUGCCAACAGGUUGGAAACCUAGGAGAACAAUAAUUUUUGCCAGCUGGGAUGCGGAAGAAUUUGGGCUGUUGGGUUCCACCGAAUGGGCAGAGGUAGGUGGUGAGCCCGGUUCCAGAAUAUUUUGCUGAUACUCGCAGGAACUCUCUAUUUCUUUACUCAGAACAGACCCAUGGAAGUUAAGGAUCUAACCUAGUCCUGUUCAUUGAUUGCAAUGUGCCCCUCCAGACAGCAAGAAUACACUGGUCUGGAGGGGCCCUGAGUUUUCCCACAAACAGCACAAACAUCUUUUAAACCAUGGGUUAUGAGCAGAUUUGGGGGUCUGCCCCAGUAAAUCCCAUUAGCAGUGAUGUGAUGACCCCAUGGAGGAGCCCCCCUUCUAUUGUCUUCAUUUCACUCUGCCCCCAAUCCUGCUCUACGUGGUGAUUAUCAUUAUCAUUAAUUAAAGGAGCGUCUCCACCCCCAUCGUUCAGCCUGGACACUGAGAUCCAGCGCCGAGGGCCUUCUGGCGGUUCCCUCAUUGCGAGAAGUGAGGUUACAGGGAACCAGACAGAGGGCCUUCUCGGUAGUGGCGCCCGCCCUGUGGAACACCCUCCCACCAGAUGUCAAGGAAAUAAGCAGCUGUCAUAUCUUUAGAAGACAUUUGAAGGCAGCCCUGUUUCGGGAAGUCUUUACUAUGCUGUAUUGUUUUUAACACUCGAUUGGGAGCCGUCCAGAGUGGCUGGGGAAACUCAGCCAGAUGGGUGGGGUAUAAAUAAAUUAUUAUUAUUAUUAUUAUUAUUAUUAUUAUUAUUAUUAUUUCUAUAUCUAUAUCACCCUUCAUCCAAAGAUCACAGGGCAGCUUAUAAUCAAACAACAACACAGAAAUACAUACAGUAAGAAAAGACUAAACAUUUGGAAAAACCUUCUGGUGGUAAGAGCUGUUCCACAGUGGAACAGACUCCCUUGGACAGUGAUGGAGUCUCCUUCCUUGAAGGUUUUUAAACAGAGGUUGGGUGGCCAUCUGUCUGGGAUGCUUUAGCUGUGAUUCCUGCAUUGCAGGGGACUGGCUGGACUAGAUGACGCUUGGGGUACCUUUGAACUCUAAAGUUCAUAUAUAUAUAUAUAUAUAUAUAUAUAUAUAUAUAUAUAUAUAAUUUGACAUAUCAUUUUCAUCAAUCAUUUAACCUAAUUUCAUAUCUUAUACCAUUUUUUUUACUUCUAUCAAUCACAUCUGAGAAUUUUCCAAUCUUUUUCACUUAAUUUACAUUUCUUAAUUUCACUAUUACUUUCAAUUAUCUUAACUAAUAACUAUCUUCAUAAUCUUCUCUGCAAUGUUUCGCAAAAUCCUCCUUACAAAACUUCUUGUAGUCCUACUAGCGUGAUCUGUUUAUUACAGUUGCUUUUCAAAUAGUUUGAAUAUUUGCUCCAGUCCAUUGUGAAUCUCUGGUCCCGCAGGUUUCGAAUCCUUCCUGUCAUCUUACCUAAUUCUGCGUAGUCCAUUAAUUUCAUCUGCCAUUCUUCUUUCGUCGGUAGUUCUUGUUUCCAUUUCUGGGCCAACAAUACUCUUGGCUGCUGUUAUUGCAUAUAAAAACAGUUUGUUGUCCUGUCUGUCAAUAUCCUCACUUACAAUACCAAGUAAAAAUGCUUCUGGUUUUUUUACUCUAAAGUUCUAUUGUUCUAUCCCUGCGGCAACUGGAGAAAUGUGCAUAGCUAUCACAGUUCAUACAUGUGAUUGCACUAGGAUGUCCAUUUCAUAUACAGCUGCUGCUGUGGCAAAAAACAACCCAGUUAACUUUGUCAUCAGCCUGUGGUGCUUGUAUCUUUUUGUAACUGCAGGAGAAUGCCAAAAUUCUUCAAGCACGGGCUGUGGCUUACAUCAACUCGGACUCUUCUAUAGAAGGUGAGCAUCGUUUGACCAUCUUCAGUUCUGUGCCCUUUUACAUUCAGAGAGAUAAAGGUAAAAGUAAAGGGACCCCUGACCGUUAGGUCCAGUUGUGGCCGACUCUGGGGUUGCGGCGCUCAUCUCGCUUUAUUGGCCGAGGGAGCCGGCGUACAGCUUCCGGGUCAUGUGGCCAGCAUGACUAAGCCGCUUCUGGCGAACCAGAGCAACGCACAGAAAUGCCGUUUACCUUCCCGCCGGAACGGUACCUAUUUAUCUACUUGAACUUUGACGUGCUUUCGAACUGCUAGGUUGUCAGGAGCUGGGACCGAGCAAUGGGAGCUCACCCCAUCGCGGGGAUUCGAACCGCCGACCUUCUGAUCGGCAAGUCCUAGGCUCUGUAGUUUAACAGAGAUACUGGUGCUUAAAUAGCCAAAACUGAAAGACGGCACUCGAAUAGCCAAUGCCGAGAGAGGUAGAUUUAGAUUUGAUGAGGCCCUAAGCUACUGAAGGUAAUGGGGCCCUUGAUAUGUCCAGCUGUCCUUUGUCAACAACAAAUUGUUGCUGUUUUUCGUGUUGAAUGUAUGAUGUAUGGUAAUUUAUGGACCUAAUAAGCAGUGGCAUAGCGUGGGGGUGCAGGGGGGGCGGCCGCACCGGGCGCAACAUCUGGGGAGGCGCGCUCGCAUUCGGGGGGGCGCGCUCGCUAAAAUCCAUGGGUUAGGGGGCGCAAAUUACUUGCCUUGCCCCGGGUGCUGACAACCCACGCUACGCCACUGCUAAUAAGUAUCUAAAGCCAUUUUAUUUGUUUUUUAUCUUAUAUUUUGGAAAUGUACAUCCAGGUGUUUUUUUCCUUUAAUUUUUUGGGGAGCCCCAAGAGAGUGGGUCUCUAAGCUAUAGCUUGUUUAGCUUAUACAGUGGUACCUCUGGUUGCGAACGGGAUCCCCUCCGGAGGCCUGUUCGCAACAUGAAAAGCCCGCAACCUGAAGUGCUAUAUUUGCGCAGGUGCGCGGCACGAUUUGGCGCUUGUGCGCAUGCACAAGCGGCGAAACCCAGAAGUAACCCUUUCUGGUACUUCCGGGUCGCCACGGGACGCAACCUGAAAAAACGUAACAUGAAGCAAACGUAACAUGAGAUAUGACUGUACAUAAAUCUGGUACUGUCUGUUAUGACGUAACCUAUUAUAAUUUUUUUAAGUCAAAUUUUAUUUUUUGAAGAGUGUCCCAUUAGUAUUAAUACAAAUGUCUAUAUAUACUUUGGUUUUCAGGCAACUACACAUUAAGAGUAGACUGUACUCCUCUUCUCAAUCGAUUGGUGUAUGAUCUGACAAAAGAGGUACAAAUCAUCUCAUUUUUCUGCCCCCCCCCUUUCCUUCUCCUAGUUUCAUCUGGCAGGGAUCCUCGGUGCAGGGAAUGCUUCUUAAGGAAUCACAGUUUUUUAAAAUAAAAAAAUUCAACUUUCUAGACCUCAUGGUUCUGAGGACAGGUGCAAAUGCAGGUCUUGCGUUUGUGACCAUUUCAUGCUGAAUCAACAUUCCAAAGGAGGCAGGGUUCCCACAGUUCCCUGGGAAGUGGGAUUGACUGUUAAACCACUCAGAAUUUUGGCUUUCCAGGGAGAAUAGGGGUUUUCUGAGAACUCUCAGCACCCUUAAAAAAACUGCAGUUCCCAGAGUUCUUUGGGGAAACUGGCUGUUUAAAGUGAAAGGAUACUGCUUUAAACAUAUAGGGCAGGUGGCGCCACUCUUAUAAUGCUGAAAUCGUCAUAUUCAGACACAUUGUUUUCCUUCCCUAGAUAGCAAGCCCUGAUGAUGGAUAUGAAAGCAAAACCCUCUAUGAAAGCUGGCUUGAGAAAGACCCAUCCCCAGAAAGUAAGACUCUGCCAAGGUAAGAGAAUCCCUUGCUUAAUCCACACAUGCAAGUCCAUUACUUUUUAUUUUUAAUUAAAAGUUUAUUGGCAUAAACUAGGAUUGCCUAUUUUUUGGGGGGGGGGGGGGGUUGUUGAGCUUUUUUUGCAAAGGGUCACAAAAAAAGAAGUUUUGAGCUAUUUUUAAGGAAAUUCACCAAAAUCUACACUUCCAACAUGAACAUGGAUUGCCACGUGUCUGGAUUUUCCCAGACAAUUUCCGCCCUGACGCUGUUUGCGAGGGCCGAAUCCCAGCUAUGUCUGGGAAAUUCCGGACGUAUGGCAGCCCUAGCAGGAACAUCCAUUACUUAAAUAAUUGCAGGUAUGAGUGUGCCAUCAAAAUUCCCACACAAAGGGCAGGUAGAGCUUUCAUAUCCCUGUUUCAUUCAUUUAGUGCAGGCAUAGGCAACCUCGGCCCUCCAGAUGUUUUGGGACUACAACUCCCAUGAUGCCUAGCUAACAGGACCAGUGGUCAGGGAUGAUGGGAGUUGUAGUCCCAAAACAUCUAAAGGGCUGAGGUUGCCUAUGCCUGAUUUAGUGUCACCAGCCCUUUACUGCAGAACACUCUUCCAACAUGGAUUUGGCAGGCACCCUCGCUUUCUAUUUUCAGAAGUUCCUUGAACAACUAUUCAUGCCAGCAGACAUUUCUGUGCUUUCAUUUUCAUCUUAAUUAGCCAGUCACCUUAAUAAUUAUUUGUGGAAUGCCCUCCCCAGGGAGGCUUGCCUGGUGCCUUCAUUACACCAGGCGAAAAAACACGUUUCUGUUCAACCAGGAGUUCGUCUAUGGUUUUUAAAAUGCGUCUAUGGGAAGUGGGUCAUUGGUUUGCUUUGGUUUUAUUAUGUAUCUUAUUUUUGUUUCUUAUGUUUCACUUGUCAGCUGCCCUGAGAUCUUUGGAUGAAGGGUGGUAUACAAAUUUUAAUAAAUAAUAAUAAUAAAUGACGGUUGGACAGUGUUCUCGAAGCUACCAGCAUGAGUUUGACCAAACUGCGGGGGGCAGUGGAAGACAGGAGUGCCAGGCGUGCUCUGGUCCAUGGGCUCACGAGGAGUCGGACACGACUAAACAAGUUGUAGUCCAAAAACAGCUGGAGGGCGGAGUUUGAAUAUGGCUGAUAUAACUAGUACUUUUUUUCUUAAAAAAAACAUGUUUAGGGGUACUCUCAUUUUCCUUCUCAUUUUGAAACACUGCCCCUCAAGGCCAAACUUAGAUUCACAAAAUGUUUAGGGGUAUGCGUCCCCCCAGAAAAAAAAAGCACUGGAUCUAACUAUUGCAACGUCUUCCUCUCUCUCUCUGGGCAGGAUCAGCAAGCUCGGAUCAGGCAGCGAUUUCGAAGCUUUCUUCCAGCGGUUGGGGAUCGCGUCCGGCAGAGCCCGGUACACUAAGAAUAGGGUAAGCCGGACAGCCUGUCCGAAAGAUGACACCCUCUUGUUUAUUUCUGGACAGCUGUGAUCACAUCACAACAGUUGGGUCUCCUUUUUUAUUUUUGGGAAAGCUCCCACUGGGGAAAAAAUGGACAGGGAAGCACCAAUCCAGUUUUCUGCAAAAAAAAAUGUAAAAGAAUAAAGCAGCAGUCCAUUGCACACUUACAUGGGAUAAGUCAUAAGCCCCGCUGAGUGGCAGAGCUUUUGAAAAAGGUCUCAGUUUCCAUCUCCCUGCUUGAAAUACUGGGGUGCUGCUGACAGUCAGUGUAGACAUUAUGGAGGUAGAUGUACCAAUGAUCUGACUCUGUAUAAGACAGCUCCCUAUAUCCCUGUGCCCAAUUUGCCCCUUAGUGCUUGAACUUGCCUUCACCAAACUGACAGUGAGCCGAGUUGGACUGGGCCUGUGAUGUGGGGAAACUUUAAUACAGUGGUACCUUGGUUCUCAAACUUAAUCCAUUCUGGGAGUCCGUUCCAAUCCCGAAACCGUUCGAAAACCAAGGCGCAGCUUCCGAUUGGCUGUGGGAGCUUCCUAAACUCAGACAGAAGCCGCGUCAGACGUUCGGCUCUGGAAAACGUUCACAAACCAGAACACUUACUUCCGGGUUUGCAGUGUUUCGGCAACUAAGCCAUUUGAGAACCAAGGUAUGACUGUAUUUGAGUUUCCACCUUUCUUAGAAUCAUGGAACUGUAGUUUGAAGGAACCCCGACGGUCACCCCCUUCAAUGCAGGAAUCUACACUAAAGGGUCCAGGACAGGCACAUUUGACCCAUUUUUUUGCUCUCCUUUUCCAGAAAGUAGACAAAUUCAGUAACUACCCUCUCUACCACACCACGUACGAGACCUUUGAAUUAGUCGAGCGGUUUUACGACCCCGCGUUCAGGAAGCAGCUUGCCGUCGCUCACCUCCGGGCAGGCUUGGUCUACGAACUGGCCGAUUCCCAGGUCCUUCCUCUCCAUUGCCAAGAGUAUGCAGAAGCGUUGAGGACCUACGCCGACGGAAUCUACCAUGUGGCCAAGGGUCACAAAGCACAGCUGGGAACCUACCAAGUAUCGUUUGGUGAGCCUGAUGCAAAAGGGGUACAAAGUCCGUACAGAUGUGCUUCCUGUUGCUACGGGCCUCUGUUAGCGACAGAUAUGGGUCACACCCAUACGUUUAAAGCACAUAGCUCCCCCCCAGAGCAUCCUGGGAGCUGUAGUUUGUUAUUUGAAAGACCGUAUUCCCUCCUGUGAACUUGCCCGGGUUCUGAGAUCUUCAGAAGAUCUCUCGGUCCCACCACCCUCACUGGGACGCUUGGUGCAGGAGAGGGCCUUCUUGGUGGUUGCCCCCAAACAACUGUGAAACUCCUUCCCUGGAGGAGCCAGACUGGCUCCAUUAUUGUGGUCCUCCCACCAGCAGGUGAAGACCUUCUUGUUCCAACAAACUUUGGGAAACUCACUGCUUUUAAUGAAAGGGCUGGUACUGUGCUAUUUUUAUGGUAGUUAUUAGUACGUUUAUAUAUGUGUAUCUAUAAUCACUUUAAUUCUAUUAAUGUUUCAUUAUUUUUCUUUAAUGGCAUUUCCCCCAAUGUUUUUAGUUGUUCCUAUUUUAUUUGUCCACCACUCCAUUUGGAAGUUGGUUCGGCUUUAGAACAGCUCUUACCUUCCAAGAUUUCCCCCUAAUGCUCAGCCAACAAACUACUCUUCUGUGAUUUAAUACAAGAAUGUAAGACAAGCCUGUUGGAUCAGACCAAUGACCUAUCUAGUCCAGAAUCCUGUUCUCACAGUGGCUGAACAGAUACCUGUGGGAAGCCUGAAAGUUGGGCAUGAGCGCAAGAGCACUCUGGCCACCUGUGAUUUCCCUGCAACUAGCAUUUAGAAGUGUAAUGCUUCUUUCAGUGGAGAUGGAACAUAGAACAUAGUACUCACUGAUAGCCCAAUUCUCUAUGGUAAAAAGGUAAAGGACCCCUGGAUGGUUAUGUCCAGACAAAGGCAACUAUGGGGUUACGGCGCUCACCUCGCUUUCAGGCCAAGGGAGCUGGCGUUUGUCCACAGACAGCUUUCCAGGUCAUGUGGCCAGCAGGACUAAACCGCCUCUAGUGCAAUGGGACACCGUAAUGGAAACCAGAGCACACGGAAAUGCAGUUUACCUUCCUGCUGCAGUGGUACCUAUUUAUCUACUUGCACUGGUGUGCUUUUGAACUGCUAGGUUGGCAAUAGCUGGGACAGAGCAAUGGGAGCUCACUACAUUGUGGGGUUUCGAACCGCUGACCAGCAAGCCCAAGAGGCUCUGUGGUUUAGACUACAGCGCCAUCCUCUAUGACCCAUUUGAAACCACCACUCAUCAGCAUAGUCAAUACUGAACUAGAUCUGAUCGGCCACCUUAAGGCAGCUUCCUGUUUGUUUGGAACUGGAGGUGACCAGGAUUUAAGCCUGGGACCCCCUGACACUGAACUGUGAGCUUUGCUCUUUUCUAAAUUAGGAAAUUGACUUAUUAACUCUGUAUUUGCAGAUCCUCUUUUUUCUGCUGUGGCUAAUUUCACGGAGGCAGCUGCUGAUUUUCACCAUAGAUUAUCACAGCUUGAUCAGGACGAGUGAGUAUGUGUUUGCAAAACUGGUUUUUCUUUUUUAAAAAAAAAACAGACGGAAUGCGCUGCUGUUCAGCAUUUUUCAAAUACUCUAUUUUUAAGAAAUUUAUGUAACAGAGAUGGAGAUCAAUGUUGAGUUGCAUGACAAAUGCAAGGCACAUUUAAAAGCAAUAAGCAACUAAAAAAUAAAAAUAAAUGGUUUGGGGUUAAUAAAGAGCCUGGCAAACUUCAGUCCAUAUCCCUGAUUUGCAAACCACAGUUUACUUGGAACCAGCAUUGCAUUUUCAUCGGACCCAAGAUUCCUACACGGUUGCUGAAACGAGAAUGCAUUUAUGCAACCUAAGUAAAGCUCCAGGUGCAGCUACCAUCACUUGUAUUCUUCUUCUCUUCUUUGGCGAUCACUCAUAGCCAAGUAAGAUUGUCUUCCAUAAACACGGUUUUAACAAUGAGUCCGUAAGUGACCGUGGAGGCAAAUUCUGGAACGACAAGUCCUUCCACAGUGGGGACAUUGCUUUCCGGGCGGGAGUUCAUCACGGUGUGGAUUUGCCAAACGUGCCUUCCUCUUAGUAUGUUUUUCCCUUUUGUCCUGAGUUUGAGUUCUUCAAAGCCCAUGACACCUUUGGUAAAGGCUGUUCUCCAAUUGGAGCACUCGCAGGCCAGUGUUUCCCAGUCGUCCGUGUUUACACUACAUUAUUUUUUUUUAGAUUUGCCUUGAGACAGUCUUUAAACCUCUUUUGUUGACCACCAGCAUUACGCUUUCCAUUUUUAAGUUCAGAAUAGAGUAGUUGCUUUGGAAGAUGAUAAUCAGGCAUCCGAACAACAUGACCAGUCCAACGAAGCUGAUGUUGAAGAAUCAUUGCUUCAACAGUAGUGCAGCUCGAUAAAUUUAUAUAUGGAAACAAAGCCACAGAGACCGCUUCUGUAUGUCACAGGCUCUGUUGACAGCAGAUGGAAGGCAGGUGAGCAGCUGAGUGGGUGAAUGAAAAAGCAAGGAAAGGCAAAACAGCCUGGAUCUUCUAAGCAACAUGAUUGCUAAAAAUACAUUAACUUCAAAGCUGGUUGGAAUGUAGUAUCACACACUUUAGGAGAGAGCCUAUGGAAAGCAGAACAUUAGGCUAAAGCGCCUUCCAUCUGCCCAUAAUCAUCUGAUGUCAUACAAACUUACAGAUCUAAGAAAGGACCGGACAAACUCAUCGAGGAUAAGGCUAGCAUUGGAGGUAGCAUAUAGCCUGGAGACUGUAAUGGGCAUAAUUUUUGUCUUCUACCUCCAGGCUGUGUACUUCUGAAGACCCAUCAUUGGGUUAUUGUCCUCUUGUUGUGCUUGUGGGCUUUCCCAGAGGCAUGCUUGACCAUUGGAAGAAACGGUCAUUGGUGUGAUCCAACAGGGCUUUCCUAUGUUCUUAUGAUGUCUCUCUCACUUUAUAGCCCAAUUGCUGUGCGGAUGGCGAAUGAUCAGCUGAUGCUUCUGGAGAGAGCGUUCAUUGAUCCCCUUGGGUUGCCAGGCAGGCGGUUUUACAGGUAAGCCAUCAUAACACAGAGAGGGGUUGUUUGCAGGGCAUAGGGCAGUAGACCUGUUUCCCCGCUCUCUCAGACAAAUGGAUUACAGCUGUGGUUCCCCGCUUCUGACACCCAACAGACCACUCAAAAUUUGCUAAUGGCCUUGAGGAAGGGAGGUGGGAACUUAAUAGUCUUUUCUGCCUUUUGUAGCAAUUGUAAUGUUCUGGGAAAGACACUUCAUCAUUUUUAAAUUUUAUUUUUUGUUGCUUCUUUUAUUUCAACGAUGCUGUAUUUCGUUGUAUUACAACCUGAAUUCCACGGAACUCAGUACAAUAAAUAGCAAUGUAAGAAAAGAAGCGAUAAAAGUGCUAUAAAAAACCAGCAUGUAUAUUUAAGACAGUCAUGCAGCAGAACAUCUGAAUGAAGCUCACGGACCAUUGGUAGUCUGGGAAACCUUGAAUGAAUGUACCCAUUUUCCCUACACACUCAAUGCCCAUAGUUACCCCAAUAGGAGGACAAGUUGGGUAGCUUCUAAAAGCAAUGUUUUCUGUGGUAACAGUUGAGCAGAUGGAUGUGGAACCAUAAUUAAUGCCAGCAAGGAAAAAGAGGAAGCACCCAUUCCAGAGACAGAAUUUAUUAUUAUUAUUUAUAUACCACUCUUUAUCAAAGGAAACUCAGGGUGGAAAGUAGGGAGUUGGGAAUAUGCAUUCCUGCACCUGCAGAUUUCCAAACCAAAAAUUAAAUGCCUUUGCAUAGUCCAAGUGAGGUUGACCCAUCAUAUGAGCAAUGGGCACCUUCACUGACCACAACCCAGGCGACUAAACACCUAGCACUGGGACAGGUCUUUGCCAACCUAUCUUGCCAGUAAUGUCUUGCACAAUUUCUAAGCCAGGUGCUGCUUAACUCAACUCAUAAAACCCAAAUGCCUGACAGGUUUUCAUUUACUGGGCUAUACAUUAAGGUCAUCAGCAGUGGUCCUUUUCCAGGGAGGGGAGGCAGUGCUGUAAGAGGAGAGGGAGUAUUCUCAAUUGUAGUGUCCUUGUUUGCACAGCUCAUCCCCAAGAAGGUUCAUAUAGCAGCUAUGCCAUUAUCAUUUGUGUCAGGAAAGAUGUAUUUUAAUUAUUUCAGGCUUCUAAAAUGCUCACACUUGCGCUGCUUUAGUGUAAUGCUCUCCCUGAACUGUAGCUUCCAAUGUUUUAUUGCUUUGGAAAAUGGCCCUGGGAACCCUAUAAAGGUCCAGCAACAGAAAUAAAGACUUUGGCGGGUUGUAGUCAGCUGUUUUACUCGAGUAGACCCACUGAAAUUAAUGAAACAAAUUAGGUCCAUUAAUUUUAAUAGGUCUACACUGACUUUUAGUCAGUUGGCUAACUUCCUGCCAGAGUUUGCUUGCUUUAUUUUUUUAAAAAAUGUGUUCCCUUGCCCCACAGACACAUCAUCUUUGCUCCAAGCAGCCGCAACAAGUACGCAGGUGUGUCCUUCCCUGGAAUCUAUGAUGCCAUGUUCGAUAUUGACAGCAGGACAGAUCAACGCAAAGCUUGGGAGGAAGCCAAGAGGCAAAUCUCUAUUGCAACUUUCGCGGUUCAGGCUGCUGCAGGAACACUGAAAACUGUGUUGUAG